AUGUUUGGAAAUUUCAAAAUGUUUGCACGUUUUAAACAAAUUUGCAUACCGCAUAGGGACUUAUGGAAAAUUCUGAGUUAUGCCAUAAACCGUUGGAGUAACAGAUAUGUUGGCUAUAUGAAGCGUAGGCGGGUGGCAGCCCUGGCCAUUGUUAGUAUAGCCGCAUUGAAGGCAGCAAACAAUGUAAACAACAGCGCCGACAAUAAAUCCCAAAGAACACGUAUAAAUCGCAAGGAUAAGUAUAUAAUGAGUCUGGAGGGCAAGGCACAGCAUUAUUUAAAUGCGUUAAAGGUCAGAUGGCAACAGCUGCACGAGGUUCCAGGACUGUUUGCCUAUCAGUUGGCAAAGUCACGGCCGAAUCGGGUUUUGCCUGGGCAAUAUAAGUUUUAUACAGAGCUCAAUACUGAUCGUACCCUGAAGCGACGCCAACCACAGACCAUAGACACUUUGAGUCCCAAAUUCAAGCCGAAACAAUUCAAUUUUAAUAAAGUCGAUGACUUGGAGGUGAUGAUGACAAUAGACAAUGAGCAGGACAUGGGCAGUGUUCAAAUGAUUAUUAAUAAGAGUCCAUUAUCCAAAUAUCAUACCCUAAUCUGCCCCGAUGUCAAGAGUAAUUUGGUCCAGCGCAUUACACCGCAAGCCUUGAGAUUCUGCAUUACAUUUUUGAGGAACAUUGAUGAUGACACUAUGCGGAUGGGUUAUAAUAGUCCUGGAGCCUUGGCAUCGGUCAAUCAUUUACAUUUUCAUUUAAUUCACAUGCCCCAGAAGUUAUAUAUCGAUAAUGUUAAACUGGAAAACCUAGCUGGCAGCUAUUUAUAUCGUACCACUCAAGAAAUGCCCAUACAGGCUUUGUGUGUUCUUAUUGCCAGCAAUGAUAAUGAUGAAGCGAUAUUAGAGAAGGUCAAUAAUGUGUAUAAGCUUACCGAAUGGAUGUGCCAGAACAACAUACCUCACAAUGUAUUUGUCACCCAGGAUCGUACUCCAGGCAAGCAGGGCAACCUGCACAUCUUUAUUUUUGCCAGAUCGACAUAUUGUGUGAAUAAAGACGUAACAGCUUUCAAUGUUGGCUUUUGUGAGUUGGCUGGAUUCAUUCCCCUUGGUAAUGAGGAAAAGAUGCGGAAUCUAAGCGAAACGGUGGUGGUGCAACGGGUGCAAGAGAUCACUGGAAAUGCUAUGAAUAGUGUGUAUGAGCAGGCCAAGCACAUUGUGAAUGGUACAAAUAGCACUUGGCAGCUACCAUUUAUUAACUGAACCUAAUAGAUCAUAAUAAAAACAAAAUUCUAGAGGCUAACUGUAGUUCCAAUUACUUUAAUUAAAGCAAAAUCAUAUUAAUGAAA